AUGGCCAGAUAUGGUGGUGCCAUCAAUGACAGUGGAGACGGAAUCUCUUUCUUCCUCGCUCCAUUUGACUUUGUGCCCUCCGCCGCCGAUCCGGGCGAAUGGCUUGGCCUGUUCAAAUCUGAAACAGAUGGGAACUCAUCGAAUCAGAUUCUUGCUGUGGAGUUCGACACAUACAAGAAUGAUUUCGACCCCGAUGAUAACCAUGUGGGAAUCGAUGUCAACAGCGUAAAAUCCCAGGUAACCUUUUCAGUAAGUGGUCUUUACGGAGACGCUGUUCUCAACAAUGGAGAAAAAUGGGAAGCAUGGGUCGAAUACUAUGGCGCACUGGCACAGCUUCAAGUCUUUCUUUCAUACAACCCCGCCGGUGCUACUCCAUCUAAACCAGAAAAUCCGGUCUUGUGGUACGAUAUAGACCUGAGCCAGUUCCUUCCCCACAAUGUCAAGAUUGGUAUUUCGGCAUACACUGGGAUCGAAAUUGAGACUCACAUGGUGUACCUCUGGAGUUUCUCAUGUCAAGAUUCAUUGGGAGCCUUACCCACAACGCAAGCCCCCAUUAGAAAAAAGAAGCAUCAAAAUUUUAUUAUAAUCAUCAUUGUUCUUGUUCUUGCUAUUACUAUUACUAUUAUGCUAAUAAUAUGGCGGUCUAGAAGCACCAGAGACUUGGGCAACAGCGUGGAUAAGCUGGAGCGUGGCGUUGUGAAAGAGGAGAGCGAUGAGGAGCUGGACAAACAGAUUGCCAGGGCUGUUCAGACCCUGCACAAAUUUUCAUAUGCUGAGCUCAGCGCCGCUACUGACAACUUCAGUGAAAAUCAAAAGAUUGGAGAUGGCGGCUUUGGGAGCGUGUACCUAGGCAUUCUGGCUGGCACAAAUCAAGCUGUGGCUGUGAAAAGAAUGGAUCCAAAUUCAAAAGGAGGCCAGGGAGAGUACGUGUCAGAAGUGAUUAAAAAUUCUAAACUCACACACUGUAAUCUUGUUGAGGUUUUGGGAUGGUGCCACCAAAAUGGGAAUAUGCUUCUGGUCUACGAAUUACUGCCUAAUGGAAGUCUCGACAAAUAUAUAUUUGAGGAUCCCAAGGGACCUCUGGACUGGGAUAAAAGAUAUGCCAUAGCCUGUGACGUAGCCUCUGGUCUCGUUUAUCUUCAUCAUGAUCGCCGAGAGGCUGUUUUGCACAAAGAUAUCAAGGCAGCAAACGUUAUGUUGGAUUCAGAUUUCAGAGCCAAGCUGGGAGAUUUUGGUCUAGCGAGAGCGCUGGAAUCUGAGGAGGAAGAGCUUACCAAUACAAAAUAUGGUACAGUUGGGUAUAUGGCACCAGAGUUAGCCUUAACGGGAAUCGCCAGUCGAGAAUCAGAUGUGUUCAGCUUUGGAGCACUCACUCUUGAAAUUGCCUGUGGAAAGCGGCCAGUAGAUAAUAGCUUAGCUCAACAUCAUAACAGAUUGGUCGAAUGGGUUUGGCACUUGCAUGGACAGAACAGAGUACUAGAUGCAGCAGAUGAAAAGCUUGGGGGGGAAGAAAACUUCAAUGAUCAGCAAAUGAAGCGCCUGAUGUUGGUGGGCUUGUGGUUUUCUCAUCCUGAUCCGAAUGAGAGACCAAGUAUGAAACAAGUGCUGAACACUUUGGAAAGAGGAGAUGAAUUGCUGCUAUUCCUCGGGAUUAUCCACGGCCGGAACCACUGA